AUGACAAGUGGUGAACGCAUUGAUGAAUAUUCACAUUUGCCACCAGAAGAGGAUGAAGGCGGCUACAAACGUCUUGUGAAAACUUCACCAGAAUGGCCAGUUCAUGGAACAAUUGAAUUUAGAAAUUAUUCAUUACGUCAUCGAUCCAACCUAGAAUAUGCAAUUAGAAAUAUUAAUUUGCGUAUCGAGUCUGGUCAGAAGAUUGGCAUCAUUGGUCGAACUGGUGCUGGAAAAUCGUCACUUGUCAAAGGCAUCUUUCGAUUUAUUGAUCGAUCAAAUGUUCGUGGUCAAAUUCUAAUUGAUGACGUUGACAUUAGUCGCAUCACACUUAAUGAUCUUCGAUCUCAUCUCACUGUCAUUCCUCAACAAUCUAUAUUGUUUAGUGGCACUCUUCGAUAUAACCUUGAUCCAUACAACUCUUAUUCUGAUGAACAAUGUUGGAAAGUACUCGAAGAAGUUCAACUCAAACCGUUUGUAAUGCGUCAUCCAGAAGGUCUUCUAAUGUCUGUCGCUGAAUCAGGCAAUAAUUUGAGUAUAGGUCAAUGUCAAUUGAUAACUAUUGCACGAGCCAUUCUGAAGAAAAGCGAAAUAUUAUUGAUCGACGAAGCAACAGCUCAUGUGGAUCAAAACACAGAUGAUCUAAUUCAAACCAUUAUUAAGGAGAAAUUUCAAGAUCAAACUGUUAUGACAAUCGCUCAUCGACUGAACACAGUAGCCAAAUGUGAUCGUAUUCUUGUAUUGGACAAUGGUAUGAUAGUGAACUAUGAUACGCCUGGAAAUAUUUUGCACCUAUAUGGCCAAUAA